ACGUUUUUUCAAGUAAUUAUCAGCUGAUGCGAGUGCAAACCAAGUGUCUGCAGAUGUGAUUUCAUUAUUCUUUUGAGAUAUUGGACUCAAGUUUUGAAUAUUAUUUAUUAUCCAACCCUUUUUGCUGGAAGUGGAAAUAUUUCUCUCUUUGCUUGAAGGAUGUGAUGACAAUGUUUGUCCAUCCAAGAAAUAUGAGGAAUAUAAUCCUAUUUUUGCUUACUUUUCUGGCUUUUAUUGCCUCAGGAUUUGGAGGGAAAUCCAUACACAUGUGUGAUGGACCUUAUAAUCUAAGAUGUGAAUACAGAUACCAUUACGAUGGCCAGGUCCUCACAGGACUAGACGGAACAGAGACUAAUGACUACUCCGGUCUUAAGAUUUCUGCUGACAUCAAGCUCACAUCGGUUCCUGGAAAUCACUUUAUUAUGUUGAUGAACAGUAUAUCAAUAAUGAGAUUACAGGAUCAAGUCAACGAUCCUCUACAGCUUCAAGAUCCUGUUCUGUUCCUACCUAUAGAGGGCGCCGAGGCCCAACGUCUCAAGGGAGAGUUACGCCAGCAAACAGACUUCUCAUACGACAUGGGCCAGGUCGAUGUCAUUUUCCCUCAACAAGACGAGUCCCUGACUUCGGUGAACAUCAAACGUUCCAUCAUAUCUCUCCUUGUCCUUGAUCUGAAGGGCGAGUCUGAUCCAGAUUCUACGUUAACCGAACAAGGCCAGAAGACACUCUACACUGUUAUGGAGGCUGGGGUAGCGGGGGAAUGUGAGACUGUAUACAAUGUGAAGCCUUUUGAUGUGGAGGCCAAGCUCUUGACUAAUGAUAUAUUACAAAGUGGUCAAUACGGACUCAACGUCACCAAAACCCUUAACUUCAACAAGUGCCGUGAAAGACCAGUGCAGCAGGGUGCGUUCCUACUUAGUGGUCUUUCAUCAGAUCCAAGACUGAAUGCAGCGCAGAACCUGGUAGAUUCCACCAGAGAGGUGUCUUAUUCUGUAACAGGUGAUCGCAAGGGAUUCUUGAUCGACUCGGUUACCAGCCAUGAGACUCACUCGGUUAGACCUUUUGGUGUUGACGGACCAAGCUUCACUACUUUUAUAAGGCAAGAUAUGAAACACACUCGAUCCAAGGUAGUUAAGAAUGUGGAAAAUAGGGUUCCACCUUUGAUGGCGUCUGAGCGGAUUUAUACUGAUCUGGUCUUUGAGUUUCCAUCAAGUGAUACGUCUGAAUUCACUAACCAAGAGUUCUUGCAGGUCUCCAAUGUGAUCGCCACCCUUGUCCAGGGCAUCGUGGAUGGCCUCGGAACAGAAUUUAUUUCCAAUGACAUACCUGGAAAGUUUGCUGACCUCGUAGAAAUCUUACGCAAGACGCCUCCUUCCGAACUCUCAGAGUUAAUUAGCUUCCAUACUCAGAUGGGGGAAGAACAUGAUAGGCAGAGGAAAGUGAUUGAGGAUGUCCUACCACUUCUUGGCACGGAGCAGUCUGUAGCGAUCAUCAAGCAGAAGCUAGCCAAUCGUGAGCUGACUGGUGAGAGAGCAUCUCAGAUUGUCAGCAUGUUAGGAUUCCAUACAACCUUUGAACAGUCCUUCUUGGAUAGUGUAAAGGAUCUGUGUGAGAGCACCAAUAAGCAAGAAUGUUGGCUGGCCUAUGGUUCACUUCUCAACAAGGCCUGUGGAGAAGGGAAUAGCCAAACGUGGUCAUGUGAUGGUAGUAUGCUCACAAGCUAUGCAAAGCCUCUGUACAAUGGGACAAGUGCCAUGUUUCCUCUAUCUAAACGACGCACUUUCCUCAAGGCUCUAGGCAACGCCGGGCUCAAUGGUCAAGCUCAGUAUCUCAAGGAUUUAAUCAACGAUCCAAACGCUCCAUGUGAGCUGAGAUGCCAGGCUCUCUACUCUCUCAGGAAACUCACAGGGACCACCUCAAGGAAAUAUGUCAUCCAGCUGUCCCUAUCCGUCUUCACCAACAAGGAGAACAGUGCUGAGGUGCGGAUCGCUGCCUUCGUUGUGCUUAUGGAUGCUAGAUCUGAUGCCACCGUCAUGAUGAUUGUAAUGAACAGUCUGGAGUCCGAGACUAGCGCUCAGGUCUCAAGUUUCGUGUUGUCGCAUUUUGAAGCCCUGAGCGACCCCAGCAUGCAAGUCCCAAGUAAUGUUUCAAACCUUGCUAGGACCCUCUUGAAUGAAGCUCCUUCAACUGACUAUGGCUUUCAAUACUCUAAGAGUUAUAAGAUGGGCUUUGAGUCAGUGGAAGAUCAACUGGGAGUUUUUGCCAACCUGAAGUACAUCAUGGAUGAAGAAUCACCAUUUACCUCUGGCAUGGCGGCCAAGCUGAACGCUAAUCUGAUGGGAUUCAGUCUUAAUCCUCUGGAGAUCGGAUUCAAGACGGAAGGGUUGAGAAUACUCAAAAAGAUCUUCAUGGGUGAAAGGAGAAUGAGCGAGAAUGUCGACCCAUUCCUGGGAGACAUAGAUGAACAGCUUGACCUGGUGUUCCGUGGAGAUUCUGAUCCUCUGGUUGGUCUCUACAUGAAAGCUUUUGGAAGGGAGAUCAGAGGAAUGACUAUUGACAAGAGUUCUAUUAUUUCAUUCAUGAACCAAGGGAGCUCUUUCAUCGGGCUUCAAGAACUGUUGACCCAUCCCCACAUCUCUUAUCAGAAGGCCAUGUCCCUCAGUGAAGGACACCUAUGUGUCCCAACCUCCUUUGGUGUUCCAAUGACCUUGAAACUCUCCAGCUCUGCCGUCGCAGCUCUUGAUGGGUCCGGAACCAUCACCUUGGAUCCUCCACUUGAAGACCUCAUCCCCAACAUCCGUUUGCCAAAUGCAGUCAGUAUUGAAGGAUUUUUCAAUCCCCGUCUUGCCGUUGAGACAGUAGGGGACAUUGGAUUGAGCCUCGGUGAAUCAAUCAAGACGGGAACUGCACUGAAGGUAUCUAUAAACUCCUCUCUAUACCUUGGUGGAUCCAUCAAGGUUGAUCUCCAGCGUCAAGACUAUUCAGUUAAUCUGACCACUCCGCCAGGGAACCGACAGCUGUUUUCAUUCAAGAGCAAGCCGUUUACCUACUCGGAUGUGACAAACUCGAUAUUUGAAGAGACUGGCCAAUCUCAAUUGAGUAUUCAGGAAAUAUCGAGUGUGGCAAAUCCAAAUCCAUCUAAGUUCAAAAUGGAGGCUCUUGGAGUAGGGGUUGGUGUUUCAUUCUUCCAUCCAUCAGAUAGGCUCUCUCCAUACUGCCUCCUGAGGGGUCCAAUGCAAUUUAACAUCAGUAUCCUUUCAGGAGAGACCAUGCCCAAAGAGAUUCAGCUUCAUCUGCACAUCAAAGACAAAUAUGAAAUGGUUUUGAAAGAUCCCCAUGGUGAAAGAUAUCAUCAUCAUCAUGACUCUCCAUACAUGUGGAAUUUAGGAACGGCAGAGAGCAGAUGGAUGUCACUUAAUCACAUCAAAGAAGUGAUAAAAGACCAUGGUCUUCAUGGCAAUUAUCACCACGGUCACCACAGUGGAAGCGAUGAACAUCAUGGUCUUCUAGGGGACCAUCACGGUCACCACAGUGGAAGUGACGAACAUCAUGGCCUUCUAGGGGGUCACCACGGUCACCACAGUGGAAGUGACGAACAUCAUGGCCUUCUAGGAGGUCACCACGGUCACCACAGUGGAAGUGACGAACAUCAUGGUCUUCUAGGGGACUAUCACGGUCACCACAGUGGAGGUGACGAACAUCAUGGACUUCUAGGAGGCCACCACGGUCACCACAGUGGAAGUGACGAACAUCAUGGUCUUCUAGGGGACUAUCAUGGUCACCACAGUGGAAGUGACGAACAUCAUCAUCAUCACUCCCAAUACAAUAUUACAAAAGUUGAGGAAACUCACAACCACACCUACCAUGUACACGUUGAUGGCAACAUUGAAACAAGAACAUAUGAGCACACCCAUCCUGUUUACAAAAUAGACCCAGUUCCUGUGAAAAAAGCAGGAUUAGAUGAACAUCAUGGUCUUCUAGGAGCUUAUCACCAUGAUCACCACAGUGGAAGUGAUGAUCAUCAUGGUCUUCUAGGAGAUUAUCAUCAUGGCCACCACAGUGGAAGUGAUGAACAUCAUGGUCUUCUAGGAGAUUAUCAUCAUGAUCACCACAGUGGAAGUGAUGAACAUCAUGGACUUCUAGGACACCAUGGUCACCAUAGUGGAAGCGAUGAACAUCAUGGUCUUCUAGGAGAUUAUCAUCAUGAUCACCACAGUGGAAGUGAUGAACAUCAUGGACUUCUAGGACACCAUGGUCACCAUAGUGGAAGUGAUGAACAUCAUGGUCUUCUAGGAGAUUAUCAUCAUGAUCACCACAGUGGAAGUGACGAACAUCAUGGACUUCUUGGAGGUUACCAUGGUCACCACAGUGGAAGCGAUGAGCAUCAUCAUCAUCACUCAGAAUACAAUGUUACAAAAGUUGAGGAAACACACAACCACACCUACCACGUACAUGUUGACGGCAACAUUGAAACAAGAACAUAUGAGCACACCCAUCCUGUUUACAAAGUAGACCCAGUUCCUGUGAAAAAAGCAGGAUUAGAUGAUCAUCAUGGACUUCUAGGAGAUUAUCAUCACGGUCACCACAGUGGAAGUGAUGAACAUCAUGGACUUCUAGGAGAUUAUCAUCAUGAUCACCACAGUGGAAGUGAUGAACAUCAUGGUCUUCUAGGAGAUUAUCAUCAUGAUCACCAUAUUGGAAGUGAUGAACAUCAUGGUCUUCUAGGAGAUUAUCAUCAUGGUCACCACAGUGGAAGUGAGGAACAUCAUGGACUUCUAGGAGCUUAUCAUCAUGAUCACCACAGUGGAAGUGAUGAACAUCAUGGACUUCUAGGAGCUUAUCAUCACAGUCACCACAGUGGAAGUGACGAACAUCAUGGACUUCUAGGAGGUCAUCAUGGCCACCACAGUGGAAGUGACGAACAUCAUGGACUUCUUGGAGGUUACCAUGGUCACCACAGUGGAAGUGACGAACAUCAUGGACUUCUGGGAGAUUAUCAUCAUGGUCACCACAGUGGAAGUGACGAACAUCAUGGACUUCUAGGGGACUAUCAUGGUCACCACAGUGGAAGCGAUGAACAUCAUGGUCUUCUGGGAGAUUAUCAUCAUGAUCACCGCAGUGGAAGUGAUGAACAUCAUGGAAUUCUUGGGGGUUACCAUGGUCACCACAGUGGAAGCGAUGAACAUCAUGGACUUCUAGGAGGUCAUCAUGGUCACCACAGUGGAAGUGACGAACAUCAUCAUCAUCACUCCCAAUACAAUAUUACAAAAGUUGAGGAAACACACAACCACACUUACCACGUACAUGUUGACGGCAACAUUGAAACAAGAACAUAUGAACACACCCAUCCUGUGUACAAAGUAGACCCAGUUCCUCUCAAACAAGCCUCUGACAUCAAUCAUCAUCACAGCCACGAACAUCAUCAUGCUUAUGAUACCUUUAAAGGGUUAUUCCCAGCUGACCUAGCAUCUGUUAAAGACGCAGUCUUGAAUAAAGUCCCUGAUACACAUUUUUGGCGAGAACAUAUCAGCAGUUACAUGGAUUAUUGGUUUGGUAGAUCUGAACAAAGUGGAAGCACAAGACCCCCAACGCCAACUCCAGAAGACAGUGCUACCUCAAAUCCUCCAACCAAGGAUAAUGCGUGGCUGCAGAGGGUAGUGGAUAUCGUGAAUGAGAGAUUUGGAUUGUACCGUUUCCAAAACCAUCAAGAUCAUGACAGCCAUGAGCAUGGGCACCACACCCAUCACCACACAGAUUCCAAUCAUAGUGAUCACCACCAUAGCCAUUACCACAAUCCUCUCACACUGAAGGAAGCUUUUGACCGGGUCUUUGGAAACAUGGAUGCUAGCAAGUACUCCAAGAUCAUCACCAGGAACUUCUUCUUGAAUAUCACAGCUAAAGGUCACAACUCCAGCGAUGACCGCACAGUCAUGGUGAAGAUCAAUACUGACCUUCAGGGUCGCAGCCACAAGUCUGUCAACAUGCAAGUCUUUCCAGCUGUCCAGCUUCCUACAGAGGUGCAGGACCCUCAAAGACCACUUCCUUACAGUUCUCAUCACCACCAUCAUCACAACGACCAUCAUUUUGAAGACCAGAAGCAGGUAUUCUGCUUGCAGUUUGAUGCUGAUAUUUCGUCUCCAAGGUCUGAGGCAUCCAGACAAGGCCCAGCGCCACUCCACCAUCAUGACUCUCAUGGCCAUGAUUACCAUGAUGUCUUCCACCAUGGUGUCAGGAGUGGGAGACCCGAACCAGAUUCAAAUGACACCACCCCAGAUGCUCUCCAUCACCACCACUACCAUAGCCAUAGUGACGAGCACCAUGAUGUGCAUGUCCUUGGAAACCUUCAGCAGGAUCAUCUGCACCACCACAGCCAUAGCGACGAGCAUCAUCAUGGUCAUAUCCAUCCAGCCAUCAAUACGUCAGAUCCCCAUGCUCUCCAUGACUAUCAUCAUCACGAUCACAGUGAUGAACACCACCUUCCACAUGACCUUCAUGACGUGCAAUACCAUCACAGCCAUAGUGACGAACAUCAUGACUAUCAUCACCUCAAUCCAUCCUCUAAUGACUCCCAUAGUCAUCCACUACCGAUUCUCCAUGGACAUGUGGCGCAGAGUGGACCUCAGGCAUUGUUUUCUUUGAAGAUGGGCUGGGGUAGAAGCUGCUCUAUGGACAAACAGGUUCAGUUGAAGGCCCUGUUUGAAAGGAGUAAGAGUCAACAAAGUGCUUUGCAUGCAGAUUCUCCAUCUUCCAAGUUGGCUGCUGACAUGAAAGAGCUUCGAGCCAUGCAUCUCAGCUUCAGUCAUCAACACCUCCCUUAUGAUGUGCAGGCUGGAAUAUCUAAUGCCAUUGAGAAUUUGAAGCAUGCCAUAUGGAACAAGGCUGAAACAAAGACUUUGGAUGGUGCAGACCUACAUGGACAGAUCUUGCUGUCAGCUGUCCUUGACGACUCCUUGGAGAAGGUCGACCUUACCAUGUCUGAACCUCACGACCUGGUGAGAUUCAACAAUGUCAACCUCCCUUUCAAGGUCACCCCAUAUAACAUCAGGAAACCCUACUUUGAUGCAGUCAUGAGCACGGCGAUGAAGCAGCCUUACUCUCCCAUAUGUACCCUUUCAACUGAUAGUCAGAUAAGCACUUUUGACAAUGUUAGCUACCCAUAUGCCUGGUCUGAAUGCGAACAUGUGGUGGCAAAGGAUUGCUCUCUACAACAUAGAUUCACAGUACUGGCCAGGAAGCUAGGUGAUAAGAAGGCAAUCACAAUCUUCGUAGGGGAUAACAAGUUAGAGUUGACUCCAUAUGAGCAGUCUGCCCUCAUGAGUAUCGUUAUCAACGAUGAGAUUGCUACGCUUUCCAAACGAUCCCAACUAAUCUUUUAUGAUGAUGGAACAAACGUGACAGAGGUUUUGGAGGAAGGAAGGGAUCUACGAGUCAAGGCGCCACGCCCUCAACUGAUUGAUGCGACGAGGAGAUACCUUGAGUAUGAAGAAGAGAAGGUCAACCAAGAAGAGGAACCAGCUCCUGGAGAGGAAGGUAGAACUGUCCAUGAGAUCUUGACUGGUCAUUCUGAGGAUGUCCAUACUCCCGGCUCUACCCAGACAGAGAGUCACCAUCACCAUAGUCAUCAUAGCUAUGAUAGAGUCCGUAGUGACGACCUCUACUGGGGAGGUCUGACCCGCUAUGUGGAACUGGCCCUGAACGAUGAGGAACAGGACUUUGAGAGGUUCUACCAGCCCCUCUUGAAUGGAUCCACGGAUGCCCCUCCUCAACCAAAAGAGACCCUUCGUCUUCUCAAGAUGGAGAACAGGUACCUGGUCAUUGCCAAGAAGGAAGGACUUGCUGUGCUCUUCAAUGGCUCCGAUGUUAGAGUGCAGAUCGCUCGUCGCUACCAGGGACUCCAGUGUGGGGUCUGUGGUGACUUCAACGGAGAUCCUAGACCGGAUAUGGAAUUCAUUGGACCAAGCAAACAAGCCUAUUCUAACGGACCUCAGCUUGCUAGAUCCUAUCAAAUAGCUACACCAGAAUGCACAGGAGGUGAUAAAUGUGUUCCUACCCCGACAACCGUGACUAAAGAGGACAUCAUUCUUGGAGAUUCUGAAUCCUACACCUGCACCUCGUCAGUUCCACGCUGUGAUGAGAGUAUGUGUGAACCCAUCGGAGUCAUCCCUGUUCCCGUCAAGUUCAGUUGUAGCAGAGAAAAGUGCAAGAGUUCAAAGUGCGUCACUUUCACUGAAAAGAUUGAAGGUUCCCUCGAUAUGCACACCGAGUGCAUUCCAAGGUCAUAGGUCAUUCAAGUGAUUGAAGAGUGUAAUGUACUUCAAUAGUAUUAUGAUUUCAAAUAGUAUUCUAAUAGGGCCUUGCCCACUUGACUUAUUAUGUUACUCUGUUGGUCUUUAAACCCAUUGAAAAAAAUAUUAUUAGAGUGCGUGUACAAAUUAGAUUUGGAGGCUUCGUGUUCCCCCUCCCCCCAAAAAAGAAGAUACAAACAUGGAGGUAAAAUGGGUCAACAUCAGCCACAUACAGUAUUAUUUUUUUGAACAAAAAAAAUCCAAAAAGGUUGAAGUUUUGCCUCUUUUUAAAUUUGACAAGCCAAAAAUUAAAAUAAGGUUAUCAACUAUGUUCCUAUUCCUUUGUAGUUUCAAGGGUGGGGAAUUUUCCGCAAGCACCCAGUGAUUCUGUAGUAUACACGUACGUGUGACCCUGCAGUAUAAUUCUCAUUUUCACUAGACGCUAACCAAAGAUAUCUCAAUGAAAUAGAAGAAAACUUAAUACUGUAUUCCAGUUUUUAGAAGAAAAUACUUUCCAAGUUUCUGCUUACUUUGCCUUUGCUCAUAUCCACACAAAAUACUGAUAUACCAGUGAUCUCUUGAGAUUGCAUGUUUCGUUGUCACCAAAAAAUAGUGCUGCACUAACUUUUUAAAGGACAAUUUUUAAAAACAUUUAAAGAAUAUCAAAUUGAAUUUCAUAUGAUCAAUUUAUGGGGUUUCUCAUAAAUGAAAUAAAAUUACCCGCUGAAACCCCACAAUAUAACAGCAGAUAAAGGUCUUCGGAAGUAGCCAAAACAAACACCUAUUGCUCGAAAUCAGAAAUAAGCUCAUUGAAAGAGAAACUAAACUGUCAAAAUAUGAAUAAAUGAAAGCCAACACACAGGAGUUUCUGGAAGACUUUUUUGGCAAACUGCCAGUGUGUGAGACAUUUAUGUUUAAAUGAUCCUAGGACCCUCUUUUACUCUCUGAAAUGUUCAAUCAUUCAAUCAAGUUUUCACAUGGGUUUAAGUUAAUCAAUACUGACAAGUUAUCUAACAUUCUCAUUCGUAGCAUCUGCAUUUUCUUCCAAAUUAUGUUGAAAAGUCUAAUAUUAAUUCUUUUAGGUCGACUUACAGUAGGGUUAAAACACCCAACAUAUUUAAAUUAUUUUAGUUGCUUUCAUUCAGUUGGCCAGAGAGAUACCUAUAAAGUAGUUGGAAUAUAUGAUCUGUAAAAGUCAUCACUAUGCUUUAAAAACAGAAUAUAUAUAGUCAUGCAUUUUUAUCUCUGUCUAUUGUGUAUUAGGCCACCAACAGAAAUAUCUUAAAAUCUUGCACAUAUCUGGAAAAACAUUUAUCAGCAUUUGGUAUAAUGUUUAAUGCAUGGUCUAUGGGGAAACUGAACACCCAUAGCGUAACAAUUUUUAUUUAGCUACUCAUUACCUGAUGGUUAAAAUUGUAUAAAAUUGCAUCAUAGAUGCCUAAGACCCUGUACUAUACUGGUCACAGAUUAUAUUCAAUAUGAGCUGAUUUUUUUUCUCAAACCAUUCCAUUCAUUAUUAUUGUAGAAUUAUCUUUAAAAAUGCCUAUUUCACAAUUUUGCUUUAACAAUUUGGAAUUUGCAUUUCCCCCCUUCAUUGCAUAAGUUUACAAAAAAAAUACAUAUAAAGACAUAUAUCAGAAUUAAUCCAUUGUGUAUUUAGAGUAGUCAUGCCGGUCUAUGUGUUUUUUGUUUAUGUUUUCCAUUCUCAAACUAGAUAAUUCUCAUAAAUGAAACCAAAAUAUUAUUUCAUUUCCAGAGUAUUAGAUCAAAUGCAUUCCAUGUCUCUUUAUAUUUUUCUUUGAGCUGCAUUCUUUUCAUAUAUGCCAUUAAUUUGCCAAUAUUAUUUUUCCAAACCAUGCAGUGCAUGAAAUUAAAUAUUGCAAAGCAAGCAGUAGAGAACUUGAAUAUUUAUGAAUUCAAUGGCUUCUUAAAAAAUAAAAGUUUUAGUGGAUUUUGACUGUGUUGAAUGUAAUAUGACUCAUGAAGUUGUUGAAUAUUAAUGUUUCGAAAAUUUAUGCUUCAACCAUUUGCUUAUCUGAAAGCCUUUCUUUGGUCAAUGUGUGAAUAUUAAUCGUUUAGUAGAAAUAAACUAAUUCGAGGGACUAAUCGACAAAGAAUCAUUCUUUCUUUUUUUGUUUUAAAAUGUGAUAUUUGUCAGAUAAAGGCCAGAUUAUUGUGAAAUUAGUGACAUUUUUAUAGAUAUUCAUGUUAUCCAAGAAUCAACAUGCUUUUCUGAAGCAUGCAUGAGGUGUUAAUUCACAAGUCUCUAGCCACAGUGUCCUGCAUAAAAGCUACAAAAAGCAUGGCCUACAUCUCUGCGCUUUGGGCUUGCGUUCAACUUUAGCUUCGGAUUGCCUGAACGCUGACAAACGUAGUCAAGUGCAACACAAUUCAACGAAACAAGCUAUUAAAUACGAGGUCAAUACUCAAGUUUAAUGCAGAGGCCUUUUGUUCUAGCUCAGAUGUCAAUUUUUUUUUUAAACAUCCACAACCAAAUGCAACAAAAAUUUAUACGAGCGAAAACGAGUGGGAACAAGCAAAUGCAAGCAAGGACAAGAAAGAAUGAGCAACAGUGAGUGGCUAAGGCAGCGUUAAAACUUGAUUUACCUUAAAUUACCUUGCUUUAGCUAGCUAGCAAAGUUACCAUAUUAGUAACAUUUAUGCCAUUCACCUGGUAGAUUUUAACAGUGAAGCCUGUCUAUACAUGUAUAUAUUUAAAAAAACAAUCGCGGGAGACAGGGAACAUAGUCUUUAUAGGCGGAUCGUGGUCUUUAUGAAAACAUUCAGGAAACCAAAAGAAGCAUUGAUUACCAGAGUAAGAAGCAAACAUAAGUCAAUAUAUUCAGAAUUGAAAUGUAUACACACAUAAUUCAUGAAUUUAAGUAAUCAUUUCCAGCUAUAGCAAAUGGAUUUGAAAAAAAAGUCAUGUUGAGUGCACACUUAAUAAAUAAAUCAUGAGGAGUUUCCAA